UGGUAUAUACGCAGUUACUUUACUCUUUUCUAAUAGUGUACUCUUCCCAUGCUGCAGAGGCGCUCGUGUGCUCCAAGUCAAGUCUCUAAGCGAAAGAACGACAGUGAAAAUGUGUCUCCGCCUUCAAAAAGGGCAGUUAUUGUUGAUAAUGACAGGAGGCGACCCCUGGCUCCACACAAUUCAAUUGGUCAACCGUCUUCAGUGGAAUCCGCUUCAGAGAGUGACAGUACACCUCUCGGUCAUGAGGAGAUGAUAAAGAAAUUGCUAGCAAAAGCAUUCAAAAUGCCAAAACCAAACUACGCCGGCUCUGCCCACCUGUCCGAGGUCUGGGAAUGAGACGGAGUGGAGUGCGGACGGCUCUCCACGAUCCCUACGAGGAGGGAGCGCUCGUCCUUCACGCCCCUCGCCUCCUCUCUGCCCACGAGCAACUCUCAGUCGACAUGUCAAAGGUGGAGGUACAUGUGGUAGUUGACCCCAGUCUGGCCAGGAUCCUCAGACCCCACCAGAGAGAAGGAGUCAAGUUUAUGUGGGACUGCGUCACAGGACAGCGUAUUGAAGACAACUUUGGCUGCAUCAUGGCGGACGAGAUGGGUCUGGGUAAGACCCUUCAAUGUAUCGCGCUAAUGUGGACCCUACUUCGACAGGGCCCAGAUGCAACUCCUGUGAUUGACAAGGCCAUAGUUGUAGCACCGUCCAGCCUUGUGAAGAACUGGCAGAAGGAGAUAGAGAAAUGGCUGGGUGGGAGGGUUCAUCCAUUAGCUAUUGACUCUGGCUCCAAGGAGCAAAUUGAUUCCUCGCUCACUCAGUUCAUGUGUCAACAUGGUCGCCGCUCGCCCACCCCCAUCCUCAUCAUAUCCUACGAGACAUUUCGUCUCCACUCUCCUGUACUGCACCGCGGGAAGGUCGGCCUUGUCAUCUGUGACGAGGGCCAUCGACUGAAAAACUGUGAGAACCUCACCUACACAGCUCUGACCCAGCUCCAGACCAGGAGGAGGGUUCUCCUCUCCGGGACCCCAAUUCAGAACGACCUCCUUGAGUACUUCAGUCUACUUCACUUUGUCAACACGGGAAUCCUCGGCACCACCACAGAGUUCAAGAGGAGGUUUGAGACUCCAAUCCUGAGAGGUCGCGACGCCUCGGCCAGCGACAGAGACAUUGAACGUGGCAAGGAGAGGCUCACCGAGCUGGCCGCCAUUGUCAACAGGUGUAUAAUUAGGAGGACCGCUGCAUUGCUCACUAAAUACCUUCCAGUGAAAACGGAACAGGUCGUGUGCUGCAGACUAACUCCGUUCCAAACAGAACUCUACACCCACUUCACUAACUCACAGCUGGCCCAGAGACUCGCCAGAAAUGGUGGAGAGAGGGAGAAGAAAGGGAAAGGAAAGACUACUGCCUCGUCGCUGUCGGCCAUCACACUUCUCAAGAAACUUUGCAAUCACCCACAGCUGGUGUACGAGAAAGCCCAGUUGGGAGAAGAGGGGUUUGAGGGUGCCCUAGACUUGUUCCCGGCCUCCUUUGACCCCAAGAAACUCCAGCCCGAAUUCUCAGGUAAGAUGCUGGUGUUGGACUGUCUGCUGGCUGUUACUAGAGCUACUAGCAGCGACAAGGUGGUGCUGGUAUCCAACUAUACGCAGACACUGGAUUUGUUUGAGCAACUCUGCAGACUCCGCAGGUACGGAUACGUCAGACUAGACGGCUCCAUGUCUAUCAAAAAGAGGGCAAAAAUUGUGGACCAUUUCAACGAUCCCACAACGCAGGAUUUUGUGUUCAUGUUGAGCAGUAAGGCUGGUGGGUGUGGCCUCAAUCUGAUUGGUGCAAAUCGACUGGUGAUGUUUGAUCCCGAUUGGAAUCCAGCUAAUGACGAUCAGGCAAUGGCUAGAGUGUGGAGAGACGGACAGAAGAAAGAGGUGUUUAUAUACAGACUGUUAUCAACUGGCUCCAUAGAGGAGAAGAUAUUUCAGCGACAGGCUCACAAGAAGGCCCUCAGCAGUUGUGUGGUGGACAAGGAAGAAGAUGUGGAGAGGCAUUUCUCUCUCGAUGAUCUCAGGAAACUCUUUCAGCUCAACACAGACACCGCCUCUGACACCCACGACAAGUUUUCUUGUCGAAGAUGUGUGUUGGGGCGAGAAGUAAGACCUCCCCCAGAGGAUUCCGACACGACCUGCGAUCUGUCUCAGUGGCACCAUUCCUCCGAUAAGAAGACACUGCAGGACCUUGUGCUAAAGAGGGUGUGGUCUGGCCCCACCGUCUCAUUUGUCUUCCAUCACAAGUCACACGAACAAACAAUUGCAACUGUCUAGUUGUGAGUUGUUACCGUGU